AUGCGUUUCCUCUCCACUCUUCCUCUGCUCCUUGGAGCUGCCUUCGCACUUCCAUCACCUGAGAACAUUCAAGAGCGUGCAACUGGCUCUCUCGCUUCAUGGCUCUCAUCGGAGAACACUGUUGCUCUUCAGGGUGUACUUAACAACAUCGGUGCCAGUGGUUCCAAGGCUUCCGGAGCUAGCUCAGGUGUUGUGAUUGCUUCUCCUUCGAAGUCAGACCCAAAUUACUUCUAUACCUGGACUCGUGAUUCUGCUCUUACGUUCAAGGCACUUGUCGACCAGUUUAUUGCUGGCAACACGUCCCUGGAGCCUCUUAUUCAGCAGUACAUCAGUGCUCAGGCCAACCUUCAGACCGUCAACAACCCAAGUGGUGGCCUGUGUUCCGGUGGUCUUGCUGAGCCCAAGUUUGAGGUCAACCUUACUCCUUUCACUGGAGCUUGGGGUAGACCUCAGCGUGAUGGCCCUGCGCUUCGUGCGACUGCUAUGAUUGCUUACGCCCGCUACCUUAUUGCAAACGGUAACACUACCUCUGUCAACAACAUCAUCUGGCCCAUCGUUCAGAAUGACUUGUCAUACGUGACUCAAUACUGGAACCAGACUGGAUUCGAUCUGUGGGAGGAAAUCAACAGCUCUUCCUUCUUCACUACUGCCGUUCAAUACCGUUCUCUCGUCGAGGGUAGCAACCUUGCCACUCAGCUCGGAAAGUCUUGCCCCAACUGUGUGUCUCAAGCUCCUCUUGUUCUUUGCUUCUUGCAAAGCUACUGGACAGGCUCAUAUGCUCUCUCGAACACUGGUGGUGGUAGAUCCGGCAAGGACGCGAACUCCAUCCUGACCAGCAUUCACAUGUUCGAUCCUGCUGCCUCUUGCGACUCGACCACUUUCCAGCCUUGCAGUGACAAGGCUCUUGCCAACCACAAAGUGGUGACCGACAGCUUCAGAUCCAUCUACAACGUCAACAAGGGUAUCGCUCAAGGUUCUGGUGUCGCUGUUGGCAGAUAUCCUGAGGAUUCUUACUACAACGGUAACCCCUGGUAUCUCAACACCUUUGCCGCUGCUGAGCAACUUUACGAUGCCGUCUACCAAUGGAAGAAGAUCGGCUCGAUCACGAUUACCUCGACCUCUCUUCCUUUCUUCAAGGACGUCUACUCUUCUGCCGCCGUUGGUACUUACUCAUCUUCGACCGCUGCUUUCACCUCCAUCGUCAACUCUGUUUCGACUUAUGCCGACAGCUACAUGUCUAUUGCUCAAAAAUACACUCCUUCAAACGGUGCUCUUGCUGAGCAGUACAACCGUGCUGAUGGUACUCCUCUUUCUGCCGUCGACCUUACCUGGUCCUACGCUGCUUUCCUGACUGCCUACAAUGCUCGUGCCAAUGUUCAGCCUGCUUCUUGGGGUGCCUCCUCCGCCAAGCUCCCCAACUCUUGCUCCUCAGGCUCCGCAACUGGUCCCUGCGCCGCAGCCACAAACACUAACUGGGCCAACCCCGGCUCCCCCUCCACUCCCACUUCCACCGGCGGCUCCUGCGCGACUCCCACCGCCAUCGCCGUGACGUUCAACGAACAAAAGACCACCGCAUAUGGCGAGAACAUCUACAUUGUCGGUAGCAUCCCCGCACUCGGUAGCUGGAAUGCCGACAAGGCAGUUGCUCUCAGUGCUGGUCACUACACCAACUCCAACAAUGUUUGGUAUGUGACCAUCAACUUCGCCACUGGUACUAGCUUCAACUACAAGUACAUCAAGAAGGCUCAGGACGGAAGCGUUACUUGGGAGAGUGAUCCUAACCGCAGUUACACUGUCAACGGUAACUGUGCUGGUACUGCCACUCAGAAUGAUAGCUGGAGAUAG